AUGCUCGCAGCCGGGAUCUUCCGUCCGACUCUGCUGCUCUGCUGGCUGGCCGGCCCCCGGCCCGCCCGGCCCGAAACCCUCUUCCACAGCCGGGACCACUCGGACCUGGAGCCGUCGUCCCCCCUGCGCCAGGCCAAGCCCAUCGCUGACAUCCCCGCUGCCCAGCGGUUCCUGUCCAGAUACGGAUGGUCGGGGGCACAGGCUGCCUGGGGUCCCAGCCUUGGAGGGCCACCAGAGGCCACCCCGGGCGCCGCCUUGGCCGAGGCCGUGCGCAGGUUCCAGCAGGCGAACAGACUGCCAGCCAGUGGGGAGCUGGACGCCGCCACUCUGGCGGCCAUGAACAGGCCACGCUGUGGGGUCCCCGACACACGGCUGCCCCCCCCGGCCGCCCAGACCCCGCCGCCCCCAGGCCUGCUCCACAGGGCCCGACCCAAACGCUUCCUGCAAAUGCUGCUGCCCGGGCCGGGCCGGCAGCCAGAAGGCUCCCUGGACGGUGGGGCCACCAGGGCCUUCUCCAAAAGAGUCCUGACCUGGAGGUUGGUGGGCGAGGCCUUCAGCAGCCAGCUGUCCGUGGCGGAGCAGAGAUACAUCUUCCGACUGGCCUUCAGGAUGUGGAGCGAGGUGACGCCGCUGGACUUCCAGGAGGACCUCACAGCCCCCGGGGCCGUGGUCGACAUCAAACUGGGCUUUGGGAGAGGCCGGCACCUGGGCUGUCCACGGGUUUUCGACGGGGGCGGCCAGGAGUUCGCCCACGCCUGGCGCCUGGGCGACAUCCACUUCGACGACGACGAGCACUUCACGCCCCCCAGCAGCGACAUGGGCAUCAGCCUCCUCAAGGUGGCCGUCCAUGAAAUCGGCCACGUCCUGGGCCUGCCUCACACCUACAGGACGGGCUCCAUAAUGCAGCCGAAUUAUGCUCCCCAGGAAACUGCGUUUGAGCUGGACUGGUCAGACCGAAAAGCCAUUCAGAGGCUGUACGGUUCGUGCGAAGGAUCGUUUGACACUGCCUUUGACUGGAUCCGCAAAGAGCGAACCCCAUAUGGAGAAGUGGUGGUGAGAUUCAGCACGUAUUUCUUCCGCAAGAGCUGGUACUGGCUCUAUGAAAAUCGGCACAACAGGACACGCUACGGGGACCCCAUCCAAAUCCUCAUCGGCUGGCGCGGGAUCCCAACACAAAACAUAGACGCCUUCGUCCACAUCUGGACGUGGAAAAGAGAUGUGCGUUAUUUUUUUAAAGGAAACCAAUACUGGAGCUAUGACAGUGAAGAGGACCAGGCCCACACAGCAGAUGAACGAGGAAGACGCUACCCCCGACUGAUUUCGGAAGGCUUUCCCGGCGUCCCGAGCCCCCUGGACACGGCCUUUUUUGAACGAAGGCAGCAGCUAAUCUACUUCUUCCAGGAGUCGCUUGUAUUUGCAUUUGAUGUCAACAGAAAUCGACUACUUAGUUCUUACCCGAAGAAGAUUACUAAAGUUUUUCCAGCAAUAGUACCACAAAACCAUCCUUUCAGAAAUAUAGAUUCCGCUUACUACUCCUAUGCACACAACUCUGUCUUCUUUUUCAAAGGCAAUGCGUACUGGAAAGUAGUUAAUGACAAGGACAAACAACGGAAUUCUUGGCUUCCUUCUAAUGGCUUAUUUCCAAAGAAGUCUAUUUCAGAGAAGUGGUUUGACGUUUGUGAUGUCCAUAUGUCCACACUGAACAUGUAA